AGCAAGAUAAUUACCUUGUACCCUGUACCAGGGUCAGAUAAAAAUGAAUGCGCGGUUGACGUCAAUUCGGCCUGCGAUAAAGAAUUUGAAGAUCCAUAUCGCCAUAUUGCACAGCUACCUAGGUAGGUACUGCAGGGGGCUGGGACCUGUCAAUCAGGCACAACAUGUAUAAUCAAAGCUAGGAAGGUUACCUAGUAGAUCUCUACUCUAGCAACCUCGGGCUCGCGACUCUCCACUACCAGAACACAGCGUCAGUGUGGGCAAUCCUCCCACUCACCCACUCACUCUCCGUUUUGUUGCCCCCGCAACGACAUCGGUCUUCCGAUCCUGAGCGACUCGAGUUCUCCUUGUCAUGUAGGCUUAUCUGACAAUGGCCUCCGAACUUCGUCGCCGCGCAGCCGGCAUCGAUCCGUCUCCGUCUCCGUCUGCACAAACAUCGCGCGAUCAAAGCCCCGUCAAACCCGGCGACAAAGUCAAAAUCAUUCAUCAACGCGAUCAGCCACCCACGCGCAAAAGGAGGAGCACGUUCAUAUUCUUACUUGGCAGUCUGUUCGGGCUCAUCGCUGCAGGUUUACUCGCGCAGAGGAAUGAUCUCAUUGAAUUUCCUGAGUUUGGCGAGCUCAGCAUGGACAGUCUCCUCGAUGUCCUGCCCUCGAACUUUGUAGCAGACUUGAAAGACUUGGUAGCGAAUGCCGAGUUUAUCGAAAGUUCUGAUGCCUUUUCUGUGGGCGUAAAAGCGCGAGCUGAAGGUCUAGACGUCCAUCACCCCAUCAUCAUGGUGCCUGGUGUAAUCUCCACGGGUCUCGAGUCAUGGGGCACCGGUAAUGUGUCUCGGCCUUAUUUCCGGAGGCGGCUAUGGGGAAGUUGGACCAUGAUGAGGGCACUGCUGUCUGACAAGGAGGUGUGGAAACAACACAUCAUGCUGGAUAAAAAGACAGGAUUGGAUCCGCCGGGUCUGAAACUUCGAGCUGCUCAAGGUUUCGACGCGACAGACUUCUUUAUCACAGGCUAUUGGAUCUGGAGCAAGAUAUUCGAAAAUUUAGCCUCUCUUGGCUAUGAUCCAACCAAUGCUUUUACCGCUGCAUAUGACUGGCGACUGUCAUACGAAAAUCUUGAAGUGCGAGAUCAAUACUUUACACGAUUAAAAAACCACAUCGAAAUGGCGCACCAGGUUUCAGGCAGAAAGGUCGUUCUCGCAUCCCACAGCAUGGGUUCUCAGGUGACUUUCUACUUCUUCCAUUGGGUUGCCUCAGAAUUAGGUGGAAAGGGAGGUGACGACUGGGUAGAUAGACACGUCGAGGCAUGGAUCAAUAUUAGCGGCUGUAUGCUUGGUGCUGUAAAAGAUACGGCAGCACUAUUGUCGGGCGAGAUGCGAGACACAGCGCAGCUGAACGCAUUCGCUGUCUACGGUCUUGAGCGGUUCCUUAAUAAAGAAGAGCGUGCAGAGAUAUUUCGCGCCAUGCCAGGUAUCUCAUCCAUGCUCCCGAUAGGUGGCGAGGCAGUCUGGGGCAACUUGACCUGGGCACCGGAUGAUAAACCCGGUCAAGCUCACACGUUCGGCUCAUUCCUGAAUUUCCGGGCUGGUGGGAAUUGGACGACUCCCAAAAAGAAUCUAACUGUUGCUACCGCCUUAGACUACCUGCUAGAUACUAGCGAUGACUGGUACCGAGACCAGAUACUUCGCAGCUACUCCCAGGGCAUAGCCCAUACCAGGGCUGAAGUGGAAGCCAAUGAGCUACAACCACACAAAUGGAUCAAUCCAUUGGAAACCAGGCUCCCUCUGGCGCCCAAUCUCAAAAUAUUCUGCUUUUAUGGUGUGGGAAAACCCACCGAAAGAGCCUACUAUUACCGACCACCUGACUUUCCUCACCAAACGAAGCUCAAUAUCACCAUUGAUACUGGUUUGACAAUUGACGAUAUUGACCACGGAGUCGUCAUGGGCGAGGGUGACGGCACAGUCAAUCUUAUCAGCACGGGCUACAUGUGCUCUAAGGGGUGGCGGAUGAAUCGAUACAAUCCGGCAAAGUCGAAAAUCACAGUGAUCGAAAUGCCGCACCAACCUGAGCGGUUUAACCCACGAGGCGGCCCCAAUUCAGCAGACCAUGUCGAUAUCCUAGGCCGACAAACGCUAAAUGAGCUAUUAUUACGAGUAGCAGCGGGGAGAGGAGAGGAGAUCGAAGACUCUGUGAUCAGCAACAUUCGACAGUAUGCAAAUAAUGUAAAAAUAUACGAGGAGGAAAUGGAAUCUUAGACAAGCUCUUCAAGGCUCUAGAAGGCGCAUGGGGACACAGGAUACGGGGAAAAUUAUACUUUGGGGGCGUUGUAGGUUCACUUAUCCAUAUACAUAUCUAGACCUGAUGCAGCACAUAGUAGCUCUGCCAGUAGAUAGUCAGCAGGAGCUGCAGUAUUACUUGUGUAUAUAGAAGCGUACAUAUUACUUAUGAUAGAGCUACACAUGCGAUCAUCUUGCAUGUACUUCAGUAUUGCACAGUCAAACUUGGCUGGGAAGGCUUGGAGAUUGGGUUAGUGCAAUAAAGGGCUGUUUCUCGUUCCUAAACUCUAGAGGCAUUGGCUUGUACUUCUAUCCGAGCGGUAAACAUCAAAUUUGAUGCCGGACUCAUUCUGUCUAUUCGAUUAUCCUCGUUUAAAUAUCUUUUAAGCGGCUUUCUGUGUAUUGCCAUGAGAAAUUGAGGUAGGUGAGGUGCAGAGUAGGUGCUUAUGGUCGGUGUGCACGGGCCACCACGAGCACUGAAUGACCCCCCAGACUUUCAUGUUGUCCGACUAGAUUCUGAGUUUGAACUAAGA